AUGAAUGGCACCCCAGAGGACUGAUGAUGAUCUGACUUGGAGGCAGGGGCGGACUGACCAUUUGGAAACUCAGGCACUGCCCGAGGGCCAGGGGUCAGUAGGGGGCCCCAUGCAGGGGCGAACUGACAACUCAUGGGGCCCCCGGGCAAUAGGGGAUCAUGGGUCCCCUGUGUCCUUGCCCAAACUCAAAAAAGCCUAUGAAAAAGGUACCAGUGGCAUCUCAUGGGGCCCCUUACUGAUCCUGGGCCCUCGGGGAGUGCCCGAGUUUCCAAAUGGUCAGUCUGCCCCUGGCCCCGUGAGAUUCCCCUGGUACCUUUUUCAUAGACUUUUUUGAGUUUGGG